AUGCCAGCUCCCAACUACAAAUUCGAAGCCUGGCUUGGCCUCGACAAGUCAGCAGCGGAGGGGAAUAUGGUCUGGCAAGAAUUCGAACCCAAGGAAUGGCAAGACACAGAUAUCGACAUCAAAGUCACCCACAGCGGCAUCUGCGGGACAGACCUGCACACGUUGCGCAGUGGCUGGUACCCGGCCCCCUAUCCAAUCUGCGUCGGUCAUGAGAUCGUCGGCAUCGCCGUCCGCGUCGGGUCAACAGCCGUUGGGAACAUCAAAGUGGGGGAUCGAGUUGGCGUUGGCGCCCAAGCGGACGCCUGUAUUGGUCGUUUUGGCCCUUGCAAGGCCUGCGAGGGCGGAAAGGAAUCAUAUUGCAAGAAACCUGUGCAUACGUACGGUGCUUUCCAUUACAACGGUGGCAAGGCGAUGGGCGGGUACGCGACUCACCACCGGUGUCCUUCGCAUUUCGCAUUCAAGAUUGAUGACCGGCUCGACUCGGCGUCGGUCGCGCCCAUGCUCUGCGGAGGCAUCACCGUGUACUCGCCGCUGAAGUUGAACGGGUGUGGGCCGGGGAAGACUGUGGGUGUUAUUGGGAUUGGAGGUCUAGGCCAUUGCGGUAUUCUAUUUACCAAAGCGCUCGGGGCGGAUAGAGUUGUGGGCAUAUCUCGGAGUGAGGCGAAACGAGAUGAAGUUUUGAGAAUGGGCGCGGACGACUAUAUCGCGACGAGUGAGCAUACGGACUGGAUGGCUGAGCAUGCUGGCGCGUUUGACAUCAUCAUUAACACCAUUGGCACGAGCAAGGUCCCUUUCAACCAGUAUCUCAGCUUGGUGGGCCUAGAUGGCACGUUUAUCCAAGUCGGGUUGCCGGAAGACGGCUCGUUUGAGGUCAACGCUUUCAUGCUCGUAUCGCAGCGGAUAAAACUCACCGGGUCAAACACGGGGUCUCGGGAAGAGAUUCGUGAGAUGUUGAACUUGGCUGCCGAUAAAGCAAUCAAACUUUGGGUUCAGGAGAGACCCAUGGCAGAGGCAAACCAAGGGAUUGUGGAUUUUGAAGCUGGAAAGGCGCGUUUUCGUUAUGUUCUAACGCUAUAG